AUUUCGGACUUUUCCAUCCUCGGGCGGCACUACGACUUGGCUGCUCCCACCGUCAAGAUCACUCUUCUUCCUCUUUUUUCCAAUAUGCCGAAGGUUGUUUCGCGUUCUGCUGUUUCAUCUUCAACAGAUGCACAGCCAACAGCCUCAUCCGCGGCUAGCCUACGCCUUGUCAUCGACAAAUCCCUAACAGCUCUUCCCAAGCGUAAGACUGACGGCGCCAUCGUCGUUCGCUCUCAGGACAGUGACGAUGCCAAGGCUCGGGUUUUCAAGCUAAAUGCAAAUCUUGGCGACCCACUUCUAAUUGAAAGACAAGGCGGUCAUGAACGGCAAUAUCGCAUUCCUCUGCCCUCGUCGACGCCGCCCCCAGCAAAAUCGGGUCCCUUCAUUUACCUCUUGCCGGGAGCUCUGACCCAGUUGCAAGGCCAAAUCCCCUCCGACGCUUUUGAUGGAGAUUAUGGGAAUGCAUAGGGUAGUAUUUCGGUACAUGUAAAACUGUAUUGGCUACUUUUCUUAGUGUACAUUAAAGCUGUAUUCAUCCAUCCACAUGCCGUGCAGCUUCGAAACCAAUCAGACCUUUACCUGGGGAAAGAUGCAUCAUGAGCAACAGAACAGAAUACGAUAGGACAGCAAAGAUGGGGUGAUAGAAGGCUCAGUUACCGUUGUAAAAAUAAUCAUGAAGCAAGGAACAGUCUUAUGCAUAGUAACAUGUCGGUUGCUUCGUAGUAGAUCGAGAACGCAAUGGUCGACU